UAGAACUAAAGAUUUUAUAUAUAAAAGUACUAUCUUAAGAGUUUUUUAUGUCUUUAAAUAAUAUUUCCAAUGCCUCAGAAAAAGACAGCACCUUCAGUAAAAAAAAAUCCUCAGAAAAUUGUGGAAGAUAAAACUUUUGGCCUCAAAAAUAAAAACAAAUCGUCCAAAAUUCAGGCUCAUAUCCGUCAAAUAGAAUCUCAAGCAGCAAACAUUGGAAAAAACAAGAUUACAAAGGAAAAAGAGAUGCAAAAAAAAGAGCAGACAGAAAAAAAGAUAGCAGAAGAGUCUAGAAAGAUGGAGCUUUCGGAGCUAUUUAAGCAACCACCUCAGAAAGUACCGUUUGGUGUGGAUCCAAAAAGUAUUCUUUGUCAAUAUUUUAAACAAGGUUUUUGUGAUAAAGGGAAAAAGUGUAAAUUUAGUCAUAAUCUUGAUGUUGAAAAGAGAUCAGAGAAAAAAGAUAUAUAUACAGAUUCUCGUUUAAUACAUUUGAAUGAAAACAAAUCACUUAUAGAUAAAAAGAAUGAUACUAUUGAUUUAUGGGACGAUGAAAAACUUCAAUCUGUUGUUUUAAGUAAACAUGGAAAUCCAAAGACAACAACGAAUAUUGUUUGCAAAUUCUUUUUAGAGGCAAUAGAAAAGGGUAUUUAUGGAUGGUUCUGGGUUUGUCCAAAUGAUGGAGAUAAUUGUAAAUAUAAGCAUAGGUUUAUUAUUUUAAUAUUUUUCCUGAGACUUAAAUAUAUAAUAGCCUUCCACCUGGAUUUGUUUUCAAAAAUAAGCAAAAAGAUAAAGAAGAAGACGUGAUUACAUUAGAACAAUUUAUUGAAAUAGAAAGACACAAACUUGGACCAAAUUUAACACCAGUAACAUUAGAAACAUUUACAGAAUGGAAGAGAAAGAGAGAUAAAAAGAAAGAACAAGAGGAAAUAGAAAACAGAAAAAAGAAAGAAGCCAAUUUAACAGCUGGACGAACUAUUGGUUUAAGUGGAAGAGAAUUGUUCGAAUAUGACCCUGCUAUGUACGAAGAAGAAGAUGACGAUGACAAAGAAUUGGAUUUAAAUGAAUUUAGAAGAGCUUUAGAUGAUCUAGAAGAUAUAA